UCACAGUCGUCUCUCUUCUUCUUCUGAUCCUCUUCGGGUUUAUUUCCAACACCGCCCAAUCACUCCGAUUCGAUCUCCAAUCGGGUCACUCCAAGUGCAUAGCCGAAGACAUCAAGACCAAUUCCAUGUCUGUUGCCAAGUACAGCAUAGUCAACCCCAACGAUCCCCAUCCCUUCCCCGAAUCUCACAAAGUCACCGUCAGGGUGACAUCUGCGCAUGGACAUAGCUAUCACUAUGCAGAACUUGUGGAGUCAGGACAGUUUUCUUUUCAGGCGGCUGAGGCUGGGGAUUACAUGACUUGCUUUUGGGCCCUAGAUCACAAGCCACAGUCUACGAUCACCGUUGAUUUCGAUUGGAAGACUGGUGUGGCUGCUAAGGAUUGGACCAACGUUGCUAAGAAAGGCACAAUCGAUAACAUGGAGUUGGAGCUGAAGAAAUUAUAUGCAACUGUUACAUCUAUUCAUGAAGAGAUGUUUUACCUCCGUGAAAGGGAAGAAGAAAUGCAGGAGCUUAACAGAAGGACCAACUCCAGAAUGGGUUGGUUGAGUAUUCUUUCGCUUUUUGUUUGCUUAUCUGUAGCAGGUUUGCAACUGUGGCACUUGAAGACCUUUUUCGAAAAGAAGAAGCUUAUAUAAAUCUGGCCUGGACUUCUUUCAUAGUUUUCCUUAGUGUACAAUAUACCACCAUCAGUGUAUUAUUAAAGAGACGGAAUUUCCUUUUUCAAUGUCAGAUGAUUAAGUUACAAAUAAUUAAACAUGUACAAACAAUUAGACAUAAACAAGAGCAUUUUCAUGUGUUAGUUUUUA